AACACUACGAGGAUGUCUGCUCCAAGUGCAUGUCCAUGAACGUGAUGUGUGGAGAUGGAGGAAGACGGGCUGCUUUGCUCGCCACAAGACGGGCUCUUGAAGAACUGGCGAUGGGGCAAACAAGUGAAGGAUCAAGCUCAUCUGAAGCAGAGGAUCCGAGAUAUACCGGGACUGUUAAAACAGGGACUGCAUUUGCGGAAGAAAAGUGUGGAGACUCCAAACGCCAUUGAGGAUCCCAGCCCGGCCUUGUGUAAACAUAAGGGUUGCUGGGAGAGUUUGCCCUGCGCUGGGCGUGCCUUGAGGAAUGCCUUCCUGUCACAUGGCCCUUAUCCCGUUAAAGAUCGAAUCCAGUUCGCCAGGAUCCUGAGGAGGAGCUAUGUUGGCGUGGAGCUGGUGCAGUGGCUUGUGGAUCAGUGCGAGCUGGUGCCGGGCCGGCCGACGGCAGCGUGCGUGUGGCAGGUCGUCAUGGAGCUGGGCGUCCUGCUGUCCGUGGACCACAGGGUCACGUUCGAGGACUCCCACACAUACUACCAGUUCUCCUUUGAGGAGUGUGAAGCACAGGACUGCAGCUUCCAGGACGAGAACGUGUGGCUGAGCGGGGUGGGACUGCUGCUGCAGCUGGUCCCGAGCACCCAGCUGCAGGCUGGGGGCGCCACUGAACCUGAGGACAAAGUCCCAGAGUGGGAGGAGCUUCCUAGCAGGAGCCUGCAGAUGGAGGCUUUGGAGCGGCUCACUUCCACGGUACAGAAUGAACUCGUCCUCGCCCUCGCAAAGAAAGCACAAAGGACGAGGGCAGGGGAGGGAGGCUCGGGGCCAGCCGAGGAGGCAGCAAGCGCGACAGAGAGCCCCGCGGAGAGCACGCCGGGGGGGGUGUGCGCGCUGCGGGACAAGGAGGGCGCAUCCCGGCUGGAGGAGGCCCAGAGGCUGGCUCAGGACCGAUGCCCUUUCCCGCAGAACCGGAGUCCGAAGGUGCCGGGUCAGCAUGCCGAGGGUCCCGGUGAUGAGGCAGCCCGAGUCAUACAGUCGGGACGGCACCGGGAUGUACUGCUGCUCCAGCGAGUGCUGUCGAAACAGCUGCCCCCACCUUCCUUGGGGAGGGGGAGACGAGAGGAGGUAGACAAGAGGUACGUGGUGGUGUCUGGGACGCCCGAGAAGAUCUUGGAACACCUGCUGAGUGACCUGCAGCUGGACGGCCACCAGGAGGCGACGCAGGGCAAGGAGGCCGAGAUGCUCCUGGACGACUUCCUGCUGACCUACCUCGUGUUCAUGUCCACGAGUGAUCUCUGUCAGGCGCUGCUGGGACACUAUUGUGCAAAGAGAUACAGGGGGAAGGAGGUGGAGUACAGGAAGGAGGAGGGGAAGGAGGCUCUGCACAGGAAACGCAAAGUCCUGCGUCUGGUGUCCCAGUGGAGCUCUCUGUACAGGGACUUCCUGCGCGAGGAGGAGCACGUCAAGCUCUUCAUGAAGACCCUAUAUCGAUACGUCUUGGAUGACCUCUAUGAGUACCCCGCCCUGGAGAAGGAUUUCAAAGAAUUCCAGAAGCUUCUGUGCAUGGGCCGCAGGCAUACAGUGGACGAAUACUCGCCACACCGAAAGAAUAAAGCCCUCUUUCAUCAAUCGAGUUUGAAAGAGAACUGGCUCCAGUCAAAAGGAACACAAAGAGAGAAAGAAGUGUUCUGCCAUGUGUACGUGACUGCGGACUCCUACCUGAGCAUCAAGACCUACACGGCGGUGGAAGCCCAGGAGCUACUCAGCAUCACAGCUGGGAGGAUGGAGUGCACGGAGGACGGCCUGCUGUUGGCGGCAGAGACCUGUGCUGGAGAAAAGCUCGUUCUUCAGCCCCAUGACAACAUCUACUCAGAGUCCCCAUCCAUACAAAGGAGACUCCUCAUCUGCAGGAAGGACCUAAGCCAAAUAAUGAAUCCCUUUACGGACAACGCGGAUCUCCACCAGAGGUCUGUCCGUCUGCUUGGCAUGAACACAUGGGAUGUGGCCGCUUCCCUGACUAAUUUCGACUGGAGCCUCUUCACAUCCGUGCGUGAGCAGGAGCCCAUUUACUACACGAUCAGCCGGCAGGGGAGCAGCGGCCGCACGGCUGCGCUGGAGAUGCUGCUGCAACGCUGCAACGAGGUGCAGCUAUGGGUGAUGACAGAGGUGCUGCUCUGCUCCAACCCUGCCAAGCGUGUCCAGCUGCUUAAAAAGUUCAUCAAAAUCGCAGCCCACUGCAAAGCACAAAGAAACCUGAACUCUUUCUUCGCCAUCAUCAUGGGCCUCAACACAGCAGCGGUCAGUCGACUGAGUUUGACUUGGGAGAAAGUUCCAUGCAAAUUCAGGAAGCUGUUUUCCGAACUGGAAAUGCUGACGGACCCAUCCCUCAACCACAAAGUCUACAGGGAUAUAUUCAAGAAAAUGAAGCCGCCCAAGAUCCCCUUCAUGCCUCUUCUUCUGAAGGAUAUCACCUUUAUUCAUGAGGGCAACAAAACGUUCCUUGAUAACUUGGUUAAUUUUGAAAAACUGCACAUGAUUGCCGAUGCCGUCCGUCUUAUCCGACACUGUCAGAUGGACCACACGGGAAAUGAAGUGUCCCCAAAGGAUAACGCAGAAACGAGAAGCUAUAUUAAUUACCUUCACAUCAUCGACAAUCAGCAGACUCUUUUCGAGCUGUCCCACAGAUUAGAGCCCCGGAUGUAGGGAUGGGAAUCGCAGCAACUCCGCGUGCAUUGAUACAGAAGUCAUGGAAGCGGAUCGAGGCAGAAAACGGACCACCUGCAAGGUCAUGUGUGCACAAACGCCAACUCAAAUUCUGACCACUAGGGGGAGACAGAGUCCAUAGUGACAGAGAACCCGAGCAAAACAAAGGACACCCAGGACCCUAACCCUCCUGAAGGGAACAUUAGGUAUGAACAUAUAGGAAUGUUUGUUAAUCUGAAGAGAAUAAAAGGGAAGCUACACUUUAAGGAACACAAACGCACUGAAAGAUCACGCAGUGAUUCAAGACUGGAGGGAUUUUAAAAUGCAAAGAAGAACUUGUGUUUUUGCCAGUGACAUUGUGCACAUGCAGUUCGUUUUCAUAAGCCAUCCAGUGACGGUCUGGUGGCCAUAUAGCUCAGUAAUGUGAAGAUACUUCACAGAGGAGCAGUAUUAUAGCAUUUUAACAGUAUUAUCAUUGUCAUUGCCAGGACCGAGAUGAGUCCCUUAACUACAACUCUGGUUUCUUGCCUCUGUUUUCAGUAUAUACGCAUUUAAUGAAUGCGGUCGCAGCUGCAGCCUUUUGCAACCUUUUGUCGCUGUGUAUUGCGAGUCUGUGUUGGACUCCAAAAAUAAGCAGCCAUUAAUCUUUGCUGGACUGUCAGAAUGCACACAAACAGCCAGUGUGUGGGGAUCCCCGCAGCCAAUCCGCAGCCCUCCAUUUGACCCAGGGACCUCACAGAAAUUCAAAUAGGGAAUAUAAGGAAAAUGAUCAGUUUGAUAGAUGAGAUAUUAUUCUCUCUGGGCAUCCGUCCGCAUCUCAUUUCUACCAUGUAUUAUAUGCACACAUAAUUGUUUACCAUUUGUCAGUGCCAAAUUUUAAAAUUAAUUCAUCUGAUAAUAUCGAACUUAGACUGCUUUACAAAAUAAUGAUGCGCCGACAUCAUGUGCAAAGUCCUAAUGGAAUAAAAAUGUAAAAACGUUAACACUGUUACCAAAAUCCGUGCUAAACUGCAGAAGAUUUGCUGUCGACCUAUUAAUACUGUGCCAUAGCUUUACGGCCUGAAAAACUGCAUUUCAUGUUUUUAGAUUUAAAAUUUUUUUUAAAUGGUACCGAAUCGUACGUAGGCCAUCCAGUCAGCUCUUCAACAUUAUAAGGCAGAAGUGGGACUAACCUGGAGAUGCGGGAUGCACACCUGAUACACUCAGGACGGCGUGUUUGCGUACUGUACUGUACUGCACCUGCUCUGUGGUCAUUUUCACGGGUAAUUUCACAUCACACUAUUGAGGAAAGGAAGUUUGGGAACUGCUGAUGUCAUUUCCAGGUGAAAUUUAAGGGAAAUCACCAAAAAAAAUUGUAUUUGGACAUUUUUUGUUCAAAGGUGGUGGGGUGGGUAUACAAACUGCAGCAGAAGCCAAGGGACCUUGGUCUGGCAUGAUACGUCACCACUGGCUGAUACGUCACCACUGGCUGAUACGUUAACAUACCUCCCUUUAAAUGUUUCAGGACGGCUAUUUUCAGCAUCUCUGUUCCGUUUUAUAAUUUUUUUUGUAAGGGUUGUUUCAGUUACAUGUUCUUUGACAUUGUUUAAAGUUACACUUUUUACUGACAUUCGUGCAAGGUAAAAAAAAUUAAAUGAAUCAAGGUCAUAUACCUGGAUAGCACUGCUGUGUUUGAAAGCCAAAUGUGAGCGUGUGGUGCGUGGCCAUACGUCCAUCCACAUGCACAAAAUGUUGUGAUUUAUAAAAACACAAAACAGCUUUCUAAAAAUGUUGCAAAUUAACUAUGAGGCAAUAUUACAUAUUUAUUUGAUGUUAUUUAUUUGUGUGUGAAUGAUGAUCACUGUUGUUUUUUUUUUUUUUACUGACGUUAUGAAUACAUUGGCUCCCGAUCGUACAUUAUCGUUAGACACUGACAGUCGAGAUGAACAGAGCCAUCCAGGUCAUUUGUGUGAUUGUUUUGUGUAGAUGGUGUGUUCGAAAUGGUCAGUAUGACAUGGGUUGCUGACUCAUAGACAGACCAUUUGUACCCCUUUGCAUGGAUAGAAAAUGCUUUGCAAAAAUAUUCUAACUGGAAAUAAGCCCCCAAAGUGUGAAACUGGCCAUUUAUUUAAAACUGAGGGGCAGAAGGCAGUGCACUCACAGCAUGUGAGUUUUUGCUUUUGCAUUUUCCCUCUGAAUUGUAUAUAUUUUUGCAGUAUUUUGAAAAUGUUAUGAAAAAAUAAAGAUUUUAGUAAUGUA